CCUCAGUAAGCUCUCUGGAGAGGAAGCAUGGAAGAAGUUAGCGGACUUUUCUUUUCUAAAACCCGUGGAUCCAACAGGCCUUUUUUCUGUGUCUCUUCCCUGUGUGGCCCUCUGCUGCUGCUGGCUGCGGUCCUGCCUUCUUGCACAGGAUUAGCGGCCUCAACGGUUGUUGCACCAAAGAUCAUAGCCACUGUAGGGGAAACUGUCCUCCUGCCCUGCAGCACCACUGCAAGUGAUGAUUUGCCAACAGUGGAGUGGACUAAAGAGGGUCUGUUUCCAAACACUGCCUUCCUGUACCGGGAUGGAUGUGAGACCUUUGAGAUGAAGAAUCCAGUCUUUCGGUACCGAACAAACCUCAUCAGGCACAAACUUCACCAUGGAAACCUGUCAAUGGUGAUGUCCAACGUGCAGCUAAAUGACAGUGGAAAAUACCAGUGUGCGAUUCGGAGGAACAGGAAAAAGAAAGUCAUCACAAGACUGGAGCUGUUUGUAGGUGCUGUUUCUGAGCCGAAAUUCUCAGUUGUUUCAGAUGUGGGAGGUGGACUGACUCUGCAGUGUGAGGCUAAGUGUUGGUUCCCUCAGCCUCUGAUUACAUUUCUUGACAAUCAGGGAAAUGAAAUUAGUGCUGAAGACCCAAGGAGAAGUGAAGAAUCUCCAGGGUGCCUCACAAUCACAAGAAGAGUGACUCUGCAGACUGCUACCAAAAGAGUCACCUGCAGAGUCCACCAGCCGGAGAUAACCCAGACCAGGGACUCAGAAAUGUACAUACCAGUUUCAGGUGAAAGCCUCAGAUCCUGCACUGACAUCCUUAUAAUCGCUGUUGUCGUGACGAUCUUUGUAACAGCAGUCAUUGCCUUUUUAGUCAAGAAAUGUCAGCAUUACGUGGGAAGACAAAAAUCAGGCCCUGAGAAAGAUAAGAUGACAUGUGUUCAACAGUCUAGCCAGCCCUCGGGAUCAUCACAAAGCACCCCCAAACCUGUUAUCCCAUCCCAAACAAAGUCUCCCCACACCAUCAGCCACCUGAAACCAGAGGCUUCAACCAACAGAAACCAUCCAAUCAGCUUAACACAGACCAGGCAUUCCACACCUGCCAUUUCAGGACAAAAGCCAACAUCUGGCGCGGAGAUGAAAAGAAACAGCCUCGACACUUCUGCUUUUUCAGCAAAGAAUCGUGCUGUGUCAUUCAGAAGUCCUUCAGAUUCAAAAGAAAGAAAACGUCUUCCCCGUUCAAAAAGCAUGCGUGUGUCCUGGUCUGGUGCAGGCGGCUCACAUGCGCCUCAGCGCAGCAACACCUUCACUGACAGGUCUAAACUGCGCUACAGCAUCCUGAUAGAUUCAUCUGAUGUCUGAGGACAUCAAUAAUAAAAUCAAUAUAAUAGUAUUAGAUUUAGUAGCAGCAGUAGUAGUUAUAAUAAUGGUAGUAACUGUAGUAUCAAAAGUUAAUAAAAUUAUUAAUACCACUACAUAAAAAUACUUCUGAGAAAAAUUAGAAUCCCAAGAUGUGAAAUGAUUCAGUGCAAGAAAAAGGUCUGUGACAGGCUUUAUUUUCUUUAUGGAUUCAUCUUCUGAUUUCUUUUAUUUGUUUUAUUUUUGCCUGUCGAAUUAUUUCAAGGGUUUCCCAGUCAUAACAAAUCUCAUGCAAAAUGUCAAUUACCAAAAUGAAAUUGUGAAGAGCAGCUAAAGAUGAAAAUGUAUUUUUUUCCCCACAUGAAAAGGUUAUUUUUUCAUGUCAUGUGGACUUUUGGAUACUACAUCAGUCAAUUUCAUGGGAAACCUUCCACUUUCACAAAUAAUUAAUCUUUCAUUUGUAUGUGUAUAAUGUGUAAAGUAACAUACUUAAAAGUUGUGUCUCAAUUGAUAUUUUUAUUGCUUUUGAUUAUUAUGAUAUUGGAAUAAAAGCAAAAAUAUGAAAUUAUCAUAAAAAGACAAAAACACCUUUCAUUUUAAGCUUUUAGCUGUUUUAUAAACGUGAUUGUCUUUUUCUAGCACUAUAUUGUAUGUCCUAUCCUUAUAUUCACUGAUUCAGCCACUUUAAACUGUAUGUUGAUGUUUCCAUUUGUAUAAAAAUGAAUAAACUUUUUUUUCUCCCAAACUCAAUUUAAAAAUCACAUCACAGAGUCACAGCCCUUACCCUACCCCAGAAUUCUUCCAGCGGUUGGCACAAAUAAAUGCAAAAGACACACAAUGUAACCAUUCCUUUCCUCCUUACAGGAGCCAUGGUGGUUUGAAGGAAGCUUCAGUGCUAAUUUGAUUUCAUUCAUCUGUAACCCAGAGGGUUUAAAAUGAAAGUUUUGUGGAAAUAUUUAAGCAUCUGUUGAUCUAAGCUUAUGCAAAUAAGAACACCGAUCCUUCACAUUAACAUCAUGUGAAAUAAAGAAAGAACAUUAUACUUCCACCUUUGCUGCUGCUGAGUUCUCCAACAGAGGUCAACUUUUCUAUUCAGGCUUGUUUUAGGUCCAUGUUUGUCUCUUAUAAUAUCGCUGCUGCUGGACUUUCUGUCUGUGUCUAUAACUUCUUGGAGACUUGUCUCGUCAUGAAGAGACAAAGCUGUGUAAUAAAUAAAUGAAUGAAUAAA